CCGCGCUCGACGCCGUUCGAUUUCGACCUUUGAUUACAAUCAUUCGGCGAACGGUCAAGAUGACUGCCGUUUGCUCCUCUCUGUGUCUUCGGAUGAGCGCAGUGCUGUGGCUUGCGACAAGCUUCACGCUGCAUUGUGUCUCUUCUGCACCUCCAUCGAGCACGCGCGAUGGAAGCCAUGACAUAGCGGUCGAGUCAAAGAGCGGUAGGCCUCGGGCGCAAGCGACCCGGCAUAGCAAUGCGAUCAACUUCCACGAGAGCCAGGUGGAGGAACUCCUCGCCGCAGGGAAGGAACUCCCUGACUCCGUCGCCGAGCUGUACUGGCGAGACCUCGAGCCAUCGCCAAGAGGUGCGACCAACUUGCAAGGGCGACGGCGCACUAAGUUGAUGAAACCAGCGCAGCAAAGCACUGGUGCGAUCAACUCCCGCGAGACUGCGCUUCAGCGGAUCGUCCGCGAGCGUCACAGCGGUCUUUCUGCGCCUCCGUCGGGCAACCGCCAUGGAAGACAUGACAUCUCGUCGGAAGUUUCUAGGAGUGGUACGCAUCGGGCGCAUCGGGCGCAAGGCGGCGGCCGGGACAGGAAUUUGCGCGGGAUCAACGAGAGUGAGGUAGAGGAUAUCCUCAAGCUGGCUGAGUACAAGCAUGUGCCCAAGUCGGCCGCGAAGUUGCUCUUGCGAGUCCUCGAGACGUGGGGCAGAGACUCCGUCGAGAUGCACGGACGGCGGUCUGACUAUCGGUCGGCGCAGCGAAGCACUGCGGCGCUGAACUUCGCUGACAAGGCGAUUCAGGAGACCGGCACCCAAGGUGGAGAGCCGCACGCUCGCGUCCUUGAGAUGAUUGGUGUUUCCAACGUUCCGUUCCAGUUCGUAGACAGCAACGUGCUGACGUUUCGAGGGAAUCUACUUCCCUCUUCCUCCCAGAGUAUCUACCCGGAGGGAGGCAUCCAUUUCGUGCAACCGUCUAGUGUGGACGAAUCGAUUUUCUUCCUUUCGGAAAAGGGAGUCUGGAGGUUGCCGACCACCUCAACCUCGUACGGUGCUGGUUCGGUCAGUCGUGUUGCUGGCCCCUUCCACGAUGCGCGAGCUUUCACGAUCGUGGACAUGAGCAAGUACGGUCGCCAAGGGAGGUUCCUUCUAGUGGCCGAAGCCGAUGACAUGAGCAAGUACAGCCUGCAAACUGUCAGUUUAGACUCGUAUGAACCGCCUUUCGGUAUCCGUUACAUGACUGAAAUUCUUAGCCUUGCUGCGGAUCCGUCACGGCCUUACGUUUACUUUUCAACGGAGUAUGGGAUCUCCAAGAUGUAUCUCCCCUCUUCCGGAACUGGCUCAGUAGUCCCUCUCAUUGCUGAUGCGUCGGCGAUCGGAUCGGUGCAAGCCAGCGUCCCCGGAUCGGUUCAAUCUAGCAUCUACGGUGAUGCGGGUUUCAAUGAGUUUCGCGUGAGCCAGCAUGCCUUCUCCGCUGACGGCCAGUUCAUGUACGUUGCGGGCACUUUCGAAGACGCUGUAUACCGCGUUUGGAUUGCAAGCGGAGAGGUGGAGAAUAUCGGGAGUGGUUAUGUUGAUGUGGACGUGAACGGCCCCUAUGGAUUAGCGUUAACGUCGGACGGUUGUAACCUGUUCGUGUCAGAGUAUGUGACAGGGAGGAUCACGCUAAUCACCUUCGAACGCAGCGGUGGCCUCGUGAGGAGCAUCCGAACACUCGCAGGUAGGAGCAGCGGUCGCUAUACGGAAUCGUCCAUUGAUCUUUUCGGUUUGGCGAUCUCCCCAGAUGACUCGUAUCUAUACGUCGGAGCGUACGAGGCGAUCUACAAGUUCGAAAUAGACACUUGGGACUUGCCCUCCUGCUCUCCUAUCUCAUCUUCUUCGCCUCCAUCCGUUCCUCCUACGAUCAGACCCAUCAUUUCUACUAGCUCUCCCCCGCCCGUAAUCUCUGUGCCGCAACCUAGCGGUAACACCUUUCCUGGUUCAACCGCCACUCCUACCCGUAGUUCUACUACGCCGCUCCCUCCCGACCCUCCUUCCCCUAUUUCUUUUAGCUAUCCACCGCCCUCCACGUCUACGCCGCCGCCACCCUCCACCUCUACGCCGCUACCGCAGUUUAUCUCAAAUUCGUCCUCUGCUAAGAAGCAAACCGAUCUCACACCCGUUGUCAUCGCUCUCGGCGUCGUUUUGCCCGUCGUAGGAGCCGCGCUCGGUGUAUUACUGGUCUGGUGUCUAUGCGGCAUACAGCGGCGGCGGCGGCGAGAGGCAGAGUCACGAGCAAUCGAUAGGCCCGUGCCGUCCAUCGAUACCAUAGAUGCCCGGGCUCAAUCGCAACAGAUUGAGCCAGUGGCUUUCAUAAACAAUCCGACGGGUGCGGGGAACUGGUGGCAAGGACCAGCCGGAGGAGGGACGUUGGCAAAUAAUCGUCUUGACGCUGUUGUUGUUGCGUAGUGUUCGCUGUCCUCAAUCAGGCUCCCAUCGCGGAUCAUCGUGAUGGAGACGGUUUGUUCAACGCCCAGUACUGCUCAGUAGGUGAUGGGGAGAAGGGGGGGCAGGAGUGAUGUCAUCCAUCAAUGAAGCGGAUGUUAAGGC